AUGGCUUCAAAAUAUAUCACCUCCCUACUUGCGCUGGCCGCUACUGCCCUCUCUCAGACGCCAUCAGGUUUUGUACCGAAGGCCGACGACUGGUUUCCAGUUACAUACGAUGAAUCGGCCAAUCCUAAGUUCUUUGCCAAUGGUGGACUGUUUGAUAAAAGCUCCGUCCAAUCUACUCCUUCGGUGUACAUCCCAGACACCCCAUCAUUCACUGGCCAAACCUUUAUCGUCUUGAUGGUCGACCCUGAUGCUCCCUCUCCUUCCAAUAACUCUCUCGGUCAAAUUCUCCACUGGAUGCAACCGGGUGUAAAAAUCCCCCUUAACACCCAAAAAGUCAAAUCUCCAGAUGGAAAGGAUCUUUUGAAAUUGGACACUACUUCUACAAAUGCGAUAGUGCCUUAUCGCGGCCCCGCCCCACCAAGUCAAGACCCCCACCACUACAUAUUUCUGCUCUUCCUUCAACCCGAAAAUACCUUCUCUCUUCCCACAGAGUUCGAAAAAUACCAAGGCGGAAACGAUCGCCGCAGGUUCAACGCCGAAAAAUUUGUCGCAGCAGCGGGAUUGAAAGAUCCAGUGCUCGGGACAUACUUUUUGUCUGGGAAGAACACAGUGGGUGAUGGUAGCCAGGGUAUCCAAGACUUUAGCGGAGGUAAUAAUGGGGAUAAAACUAAGAAUGGGACGGUCACCAGCUCGGUGACCGGACCAGGAGCGACUGGCGCUCCCGGCACGCCAACGAACAAUAAUGGAACUGUAACAUUCCCGACACCGACACCAACACAGACAAAGAAUGACGCAGGAGCAAUGAGAAGUAGCUCGUUCGGUUUGAUUGGAGUUCUCGCUUUUGCAAUUUUAGUCUUAUCUUAA